CGCUGCUCGUCAUCGACCCCUUUCACUGCGGCUCCAUCGCCGAGCGGACUGGCCCGCUGCUCUCAUCCGAGACCUCAGCGCACACUAUCGGAUCUAUUAAACCACCAGCGCCGGCUCCUGAAAGCCUCCAGAGUCUGCACAAAUGCAAGCGAUCAAAUGUGUGGUGGUCGGCGACGGGGCUGUGGGUAAGACCUGUCUGCUGAUUAGCUACACCACCAAUGCCUUCCCUGGUGAAUACAUCCCCACCGUCUUUGACAACUACUCUGCCAAUGUGAUGGUGGAUGGGAAACCAGUGAAUCUGGGCCUUUGGGAUACAGCAGGACAGGAGGACUACGAUAGGCUCAGACCACUGUCUUACCCACAGACGGUAUUCCAAACCCUUCCCCCCAACCACACAUACACUCAUGCAUUUACAAAUACAUGCUCAUUCAAAAUAUCACACACUCCCUCACACGCAUACAGAUCUCGCUCUCAACUAGCCAUCUCUCUGGUUCUCUCCCAGGAUGUGUUCUUGAUAUGCUUCUCCCUGGUCAGUCCGGCCUCCUUUGAGAACGUCCGAGCUAAGUGGUACCCUGAGGUGAGACACCACUGCCCCAACACACCCAUCAUCCUGGUGGGCACCAAGCUGGAUCUGCGAGAUGACAAGGACACCAUUGAGAGACUGCGGGACAAGAAGCUGUCCCCCAUCACCUACCCACAGGGCUUGGCCAUGGCAAGAGAGAUUGGGGCCGUGAAGUACCUGGAAUGCUCUGCAUUGACUCAGCGAGGCCUGAAGACGGUAUUCGACGAAGCCAUCCGAGCCGUGCUCUGCCCUCCGCCCGUGAAGAAGAGGGGAAAGAGGUGCACCAUGUUCUGAGGAGGAAACACUGCUAAAACACUACACUACAUCACCAUGUACAACAACCACUACUUCUCUGAGAGGAUGAGAGAGAAAAUAGCGAGCGUGAGUGUGCACUGCUGAGAUUGCUUUCUUUAUAUUGAUGUUUUUUCAAAGCGAUAUUGGUAACAAGACCAAUAUUUAAUCAGAUUUUUUUACCAUUACUGAAUAGGUUCAUAGGUUCUUUGUGAAAGACAUUGACUGUCCACCUACUUUGUACGCAUAGAACUACAUCAAGUUGCCACGAGGGCUGACAAAGGUUUCUAUUACUUGUCUUCAUACUACAUCUAUUCAUUCUCAGCCAUGCUUGCUUGAAUUAAUGCAGUGUUGACUAGAUAGAAAGUGAACUGUGAAUACGCCUUCAGGUCAGAAGUUACCCUCAGUGCCUGAUCUAAGAUCAGCAUGUGGAGACAAAACACAUUACUACUGGCAUGCACACAGAAAUCUGUUGGAACCUGACAGUAAAAACUAAAUACUACUGCUUGCAUUCACUAAAUUUCACAAAUAGAGCAUGGUGUCUUAAAUGAAAAUGUAGUUUUAUUUUCACUUUAGUUCCAGUUUAUUUUCAUAGUUAUAACCCUCCAAUCAGUAAUAACGCUGUACUCACAGAGGUAAUUGAGAACGAGUCAAGAAAGUGCUUUACAGCAACUCCAGCUUUUGUCCUUAAUCUUGAAGCCCUAUCUUGCAGUUUAAGACUUUCAUUAUCUCUGUUUUAUGCUUAUAUGUUGCCUAUUACCAAAUCAGUGAUUUAAAGCUGCAGUAGUAACUUUUAUAAAAAUAACUUUUGUUCAUAUUUGCUGAAAUCUUUCACUAUAUCCAUAAA